GUGUUCAAAUUCUCUUCCUUUGACUCAAUUUCAAUUCAACUCUUUUCUCUUUCUGUUUCUGUGGAAUCAUGGAGAAGACAGGCGGUGACUGGAAGGAGAAGCAGGUAAUACAAUACUACUCUUCAUCGGACCGGAAAUCUACACCGGAGGAACUCCAGCUAGCUGCAAUCGCCGUUAGCCUCAACGUCCGUUUGAGAUCAGCCGAUAUGCCUAUUGCAAUGCAAGAGCGUGCCUUACGUCUCGCCAGAUCGCUCUUUGAUUCGUCUUCUUCUCGCCGUCCUAAUCUCACUCUCCUCGCUCGUUCCAUCAAAAAGGAGUUUGAUCGGUGGUACGGAUUGGCAUGGCACUGUGUAGCGGGGAAGAGUUUUGGAUCGUUCGUAACACACUCGCCGGGAGGAUUCGUAUACUUUUCUGUGGAUUCGUAUUCUUUUCUUCUAUUCAAAACAGAGGUUCAUUUGAUCUCCAACGAUCCACCACCGCCUUGCCGUCGAUGAACUUUUCCGUUUAUUAUACCUUCCGACGACUUGAUACAUAUCAAAUUAACCGGCCUUUUCAGGCGAACCUCUGAAAAUUGCCAAAACUUUUGCCGUUUUGAGUUUGAAUCUCCUUUUCACAUCCGUUAUUACGGCGAAUUGUGCUUGUAAUUAAUCAUCCUACAGUUGCGAUUCAUGUGAAUGAAAAAUAUGAUACCUCAGUAAUUUC